GGUCAUUAGACUGUGAACCAGAAUAAAAUACAAGACAUGCCACCAAAGCACAAACUAUCUACCAGUCAUGAGUAUUUCAAGAAAAAGAAAAGAAGGAAAAUGUGUCCAGGGUGUGGAGGAGAAUUUGUCGAUAGACAUUUUGAAAACCAUAAAGUUGAAUAUUUCUGGGACAACAAAUGGAAGUGUAGCAAGUCAAAAAAAUCAAAACAAGAAGAAACUAGUUAUCAGGAAGUACCAGCAGAACACACUUUAUCUGGAAUGCACCAGGAAAACCAUUGUGAAGAACCAAGCACCUCUGGCGUUAAGCAACCUUGGGCUCAUACGCAAUCAAUGAUAGAAGUGAAACGCAGGUUCAAAGAUCACUUACGAAGCCUCAGUGGAAGUGAAACCUAUCCAGAAUCUGACAAUGAGGAUGAGGAAUUUUGGUCUAAUGUAACUUUAAACGAUAUUGAUAUGGAUAUUGAAAAUGAAAACAUUCACGAAAUCCAAGAGAAAAAACAGCAGACGGACUUUGAUACAGCAAAAACAGAGAUGAUCAAGUCAACAGUUGCAAUAUUUCAGUCCAUUUGCAUUUUUCUUUGCUGUUGGCAAUCAUUUUAUAUAAUUACAGAUACUGCCUUAAGUAGCAUUUUGUCGUUUUUAUCCACAGCAUUUAAACAUCUUUCUGCUGAAAAUGUUGCACUAACAGGUGUUUCAUCAAUAUUUCCCUGCUCAGUGUAUAUGUUGUACAAAAAUCUCGGCAUGAAAAAAGACAAUUUUUCGAAAUACGUGAUAUGCAAGAAAUGUUUCACUUUGUACAACUAUGAAGACUGUAUAAUACUAAUUGAAGGGGAAACGUCUUCAAAGAAAUGUUCGAAUGUUAUGUUUCCAAACCAUCGACAAAUUGCUAGACGAAAUCAAUGUGGUGAACCAUUACUGAAAUCUGUGAAACUAAAGAGCGGAGACAUAAAGCUAUACCCAUAUAAGACCUAUUGUUACAAAUCUGUGAAAGAAUCACUAUCUACAAUGGUAAAACAGAAAUAUUUCGAAGAUAAGUGUGAAGAAUGGAGACACAGACGACAGGAACCAGGAGUUAUGACAGACGUGUAUGACGGAAAAAUUUGGAAAGAGUUUGGAGAAGACAAAAAUCAACACUUUUUGAAAACUGAGAGAAAUUACGGUCUGAUGCUAAAUCUUGACUGGUUUCAACCAUUCGAUCAUGUUCGAUAUUCUGUUGGCGUCAUCUAUGCUGUUGUGUUGAAUUUGCCACGAGAAGAAAGAUUCAAACUGAAAAAUGUGUUUCUAGUUGGCAUUAUUCCGGACAUGUCUGGCGAACCAUCAGUCCAAACAUUUAUUAAACCAUUUGUCGAAGAAAUGAAAAUUGCUUGGAGUACCGGAUUUUCUAUGCGGUCACACAACAAUCCGAAGAAAGAUGCAAGUUUUAAAUUAGCGUGCCUUUGUGUUGGUUGUGAUAUACCUGCCACGAGAAAAUUAUGUGGGUUUUUAGGGCAUGGUGCAACACUAGGGUGCUCCAAAUGCACCAAAAAGUUCCCUGGAGAAGUUGGGAAAAAAAAUUAUGGAGGCUUUGAUGUACCCAAUUGGAUAUCUCGCUCUUUACCUGACCAUCUUCAUAACCUCGAGAGAAUUAAAGAAGCUACAACAAAAACAGACAAAGAAAACAUAGAGAGUCAAUUCGGCAUUAGAUAUUCACCUUUAUGUGAACUUGAUUACUUUGAUCCGAUUCGUAUGUCUGUUAUUGAUCCGAUGCAUAAUUUAUACCAAGGAACCGCAAAAAAAAUGAUCAAACUUUGGUCAGAACUUAAAAUUCUAGAAAGUGAUAAAUUAAAAAUUAUUGAAAAGCGUGUUGACUCUGUUUCUGUUGCAGCUAAUGUCGGCAGCCUUCCCAGAAAAAUAGCUACAUCAUUUGGCGGUUUCACAGCUGAUCAGUGGAAAAACUGGACCAAUGUCUUUUCUAUAUUUGCAUUAAAAGGUGUAAUACCAUCUGAAGACUUAGAGGUGUGGCGGAAAUUUGUUCUUGCCAGUCGGUGCAUCACAACAAAAACAAUAACCACUGUAGAUAUACUUAAGUACGAAAAACUAAUUUUGGAGUUUUGCGCCGGAUUUGAGAGGAUCUAUGGGGAUACAAAAGUUACUCCAAACAUGCAUCUUCAUUACCACAUGGCAGAUUGCAUUCGAGAUUAUGGGCCUAUUUACUCUUUUUGGCUAUUCAGCUUUGAGAGAUACAAUGGUCAUCUUGGAUCGUUACCGAACAAUAGCAGAUCAAUUGAACUUCAAAUCAUGCGACGUUUUCUUCGAGAUUCAUUCGUUAAUUGCCUACAAGUACCAUCUUAA